UCCUCCGAAAUGUAUAAAAAGCCACGUUUAGAAGCCGCGGCACUUCAGUCUUUUCAAAAAUAUCAUAAGGAUGGCUCUAGAACGUCAAGUGCGCGCUAAGAUUGCGGCGAAACGCAACCCCGAACAGGAGAAGGAGGCACAGGAAUGGAUCGAAUCAAUCCUUGGUAAGAAGUUUCCUCCUGGUGAGACCUUUGAAGAGGUGCUCAAGGAUGGUCAGGUUUUGUGCCAUUUAAUGAACAAGCUUUCACCUGGAUCCGUACCAAAGAUCAACAGUACCGGCGGACAGUUCAAGAUGAUGGAAAACAUUAAUUUGUUUCAAAAGGCGUUAAAGGACUACGGAGUGGACGACGUCGAUGUUUUCCAGACCGUAGACUUAUGGGAGAAGAAAGAUGUAGCCCAAGUAGUAACAACAUUGUUCGCGCUCGGCCGAACAACAUACAAGCAUCCUGAAUGGAAAGGACCUUAUCUAGGACCUAAGCCAUCAGACGAAUGCAAACGUGAUUUUACAGAGGAACAAUUGCGAGCUGGUCAAGGAGUGAUUGGUCUUCAAGCGGGUUCCAACAAGGGUGCGACCCAGGCAGGCCAAAGCAUCGGUGCCACUCGCAAAAUUCUUCUUGGAAAGUAAAUUAAAACUCGGCACAGCUUGCAAAU